GGUGUGUAGUGAAGAGGAAGAGGAGGAAGUGCACAACAACAUCGCCCGUCGAACAUCUCCGAUGGUUACCGUCCGGUAGGCCCUGUCAGGAGGAUGGGGGCCCAUGAUGGGGGAGUGCCACUGCUCUAACAUCACUAUCAUGCAGCUGUUCCACGAGCUGAAGCAGCAGUUCCCCGCGCUCCCUGAUCACGUCGUCUCCCAGUGCAUCGCCCAGAACAGUCACGACCGGGAGACAUGCGCGAGAAGCCUGCGGGCCACCCAGGAGUCCCGUCCGUCACCGGGCGCGUUUCCACCCCCAGCCCCCAGUAUCGGGAUGCAACAGCCGCUAUUGCUGCAGCCGCAGCAAUCGCAAGCACAACAACGAGAGCAACAACUCGCAUCGCAACAGCGUUGCUGUAUGCCCGGUAUGCCGAUGAACCAAAUGGUCGCGAGCAACGUCAGCGUCGGACGUCCUCAUCGACCGGCGUCGUUGGACAUCGGUAUGAGCCGUCGCUACCCUCUCAUAGGCUGCACCCGCACCGCUGCCGCCGUCGCCGUCGCAGCUGCGACGCCGGCGUCGUCCAGCGGCGUCGCCACUCCCUCGUCUGCGCCGGCUGUCUGCACGUCGCGCGGUUUCUUCGACGAUGGUUGUUGCACCGUCAAUAGUAACAGCAACGGCAGCAAUGCGCCACCCGGCUUCGAGCUCAACGUCAACGUCGCCUGCAGCCCCGCGGGCAAUCGCGAUUUUCGAACGGCACCGACGAUCGGUGUCGGUAAACGAAACGAUCUUGUCGUCGUGCCACGGCCUCAUUAUGCCGAGCCUCUGUUAGCCAUCGGGAAGUCCGAGACGCAAAUCGAUCAUACGCGAAGUUAUACGUCGGUCAGUUUGACCCUCCGGCCACCCUCCUCUGAGCCGCAACCUCCAAUCGAUAUCAGGUCGGAAGGAUCGAGUCUGACCUACUCGACCUCGUCCUUGGAUCCACGUGGCUUUCAGAGCCGUCUGCAGAUCAGCAUUGGUCCUGGAAACGUCGGUAGUGUGGCGGCGGCGAGGAUCAGACCACCUAUGGCUAAGCCGUUUAUACCGCCGCCGUGGGCUCAAAACCCACUACGGUCGCCUGAACUUUCUCUAGAACCGCCUAACCAAUUGCCAAGGCCUACGACGACGAUGAGCGCACCGACUACUCCCUCCAUACCGCCGACAACGAAUAUUAUCCCGGGUUGCAGCCUUCCCACAACACCAUCCGGACCCACAACGAGCAGCGGCGUCGGGCCUCUUAACGCCGUCUCUUCCUCCCUCGGGGACCACAUGGCUUCCGAUCGGAAUCGAUCGCCGUUGUGCCAAGUGGAGGAGCACCAAAAGAAAUUAGUCGCGGAGCAACUGGCUAGGAAGGAGAGGCUCGCCAAGGAGCUCAGGGCUGAGAAGGGACGACUCGAAGCGAUGAAGAAGGAAGUGCAGGCAUUAACCCGACCGGAUCCCUUGAUAUCACCUCAAGAGCUAAAAAGAAAACUGAAGACCGAAAUAUAUAUGCUACAGGUCGAGUGCGACAGAUUGGCCAUAGAAGUCGAUCAAUGGUCAGACAGACGAGUACCAUUGGGCGAAACGAAUGAGGAGUUUUAUCAGGGCAUUUAUACUGGCCAGUCGUUGCCGACAAGACCGUCGAAUCUACAACCACCGCGUUUACCGAGUCAACCACCGGCAUGGCGAUCGGAACAGCCGGCGAAUGACAACGACCGGGAGGAACGGGAUGAGCCUUCGUGGGUCUGCACAAUGUGCACUUUCGAUAAUCAUCCAUUGAUGAACAAGUGUGAGGAGUGCGACAUGCCGAGACUGUUGAACCGCAGCAGUGCAGGGGAGACGCAAGAUAUUCAUAUACGAGUAACUCAUCAUCAUAAUUUUUCGCCACGGCAUAUAGUACACAGUUGGGUGGUAUGAUGCGAACUGAAUUAGAAGUUUAUAAAAAACUGUACAUACGUAUAAAAAAAUUAAAUUAAAUAAAUUUUGUAGGGGCUAAGCGAUUGUAAUAGAACACAUAUGAUGACUAAUGUAAUAAUUUAAUUUAAUUUUUUAUUUAUGAUUAGUAUACAUCACGAAUUAUUAGAAUCAUUAAAUAGUUUAUCCCGGUUUUUUGGCGAUUUAUGUCUUUUCGAAGCAAUUUCUACGCAUCUUUAGAAUUUCGUACAUAGCAGAAUAAUUAUAGAUGCAUCGCCAAUAAGAGCAAAAGGUACAUUCGAUUAAAUAUCAUAAAAUUCUUUUCUCCAGAUUUUUAUUUGUAUAAAAAGUCAUCAUAUAAUACAUAAAAUACAAGUAUUUGUGAUAAUUA